GGCGGUCCAACGUUUAUCCAGGUUUGCUCUGCGACAAGUGUUUCAGCACUGGCGAAGCGCCGCAACGCAGACGGGGCUCUUUCCGACUCGAAAUUUUCCUUUUUAGGCAGCAUCAACAUACAUGUUUACGGCCGGCGGCCUGUGUGAGACGUCAAUGCGUUUAAACAAGAAAGAGGGAAAUUCGCGGAGACAAACGACAAACGGUCGAAACCACAGCCACGAAAAGUCACGGCAGUCCCGCCCAGGUGAGUCCGCGCUCAAGAAACAAGCAGAGCCAAAUUCGUUUUCCUUCUCCUGGGAAACGGAUAAUGAAGUUUCCACAAGUCUGUGUCACCCGCAUUGCCUGUUAUGCAAGAAGACUAGAGAAAAGGCAGACACACCCGAACAAGUCACCUGCCGCUCCCGUGUGCAAAGUUGGAAAGAAUUGCAUGUUGCUGCACCGCAAGAAACCGUUAUGCGCCCCCCUUUCAUCUCUGUCUCGUGCGGUCACUUCGUCUGGGAACUUCAGACGGCAGGGGAGGGUGUUUCUCUAUCGAAUGGUCCAUUUUCCAGUACUUCUGGUUUCAUCUUCAACGAGUUUGGUCCUCUUUUUUUCUCCUCGGUCUGCAGAGCCGCGUCCGCGGUUAAGCUAAAUAGUUGA